AAAAUAAUAGUGUUUAGUGCGUUAACGUUACCGUGUAGUUGGAAAUCACAGUGUAAAAUUGAAGUGUAGUCGCCUAACCGGACGUCCAUUGCGCGGGUCAGCUAACCGGCUGUCAACGAAUCAGCUGUGAGAGUCUGCGCGCGCGCAUUGGAAGUGGGUCAGUGACUACCACUACAAAUUACACCUUAUCGCCAACACAUUAAACACAAUUUACAAUGGCAGACUGUGCUGGGUGUUUUAACAAGAUAACCGAUGGGAGAUUUUUAAACUGCCAUAACUGCCGAAAAUCAUACUGUCUCCACUGUACUAACUACACUGAGGAAUUCCUUAAGUUUAUGGGACCCGUGCAAAGGUGUUCAUGGAAGUGUGUUGAGUGCAAAAGUGCCGAACCUAAGUCGGAUAACACAAAUACGCCAGUGCGCGGCGUCAGUGACAAUGUAAACAUGCAUAGGGGAGCCGCACGCCCUCGCGGGGCAGUGUCCAACGAGCUUGACAACUCGGUCAUGGAAGUGUCUUUCACGGACAACCAGUACCUGAACGACACCACUAGGCUCGACACGACUGGGGCCUCCGACAUUCAACAGUUGGUAGCCGAACUUCGUUUGUUCCGGGAAGAAAUGCGGGCGAUGAGCCAACAUAUCCAGGCUCUUCGCGUAACGGUAGCCACCCUGACAACAAAAAUUGACGCAUGUGAUGGGCGCGUCGACAGACUAUGUACCCGUGUUGAAGCUCUGGAGAAUAAUACCACAAGUCUUAGUGUCGACAAAAACACGGAGGCUCUACUGGCGGACACCGUAGCCCAGUUAAGAUUAGAGUUAAACGAUCGUGACCAGGAUAUGUUACUCAACGAUAUCGAGUUAUCUAAUGUACCGGAACAAAGUGGGGAAAAUACGUUGCAUAUAGUAUCUACCUUGGGCCAGAAGCUCGGAGUUACGCUGUCGGAACAUGACAUCGUCGAUGCGACUCGCGUAGGGCGGGCGCCGCGAACAGACGAGGGCACCCAGGGCCAGCCGGCCCGCCCGCGGCUGCUGGUGGUGCGGUUGGCGCGCCGCGCCGUGCGUGACCGGCUGCUGCAGGUCGCGCGGGUACGUCGCGGCGCGACUACGGAGGGCACAGGCCUGCCGGGCCCCGACUGCCGCUUCUACGUCAACGAGCGGCUCACUUUUGUCAAUCGACGGCUGUUCCAGAAGGCGAGGCAGCUCAAGGAAUACUACGGCUGGCGAUAUGUAUGGACCCGCGAUGGUAGGAUUUACGUGCGUCAACGUCCCGGUACGGAAUCACCGCGACAUCGAAUUCGAACGGAGCUAGAUUUGAGCCGUGUUUUACACACACUUGAUAUUUGAUUUUAUCCUAUAUGAUUUUAUCUUAGUGUUAUCUUUUAUUUUAGA